GAGAAGCUGCUGGGGGAGAAAAAAGGCCGUUUUCACAUGGAAGGAGCCGAGCAGGGAGGCAGGUGUGAGCCAGGGCCUGGCAGCCCAGGCACAUCGAGCUGCAGCGGGAUGGCCUCACUGGAGAGGAGGCAGCGGCGGAGGAGGCAGCGGUGGGUGGGGCAGCACACAGAGGGCCGGGGCAGAGAUGCUCAGGAAAUGAUGGAUUCUGUUAAAAGCUUGGACUGUGUAGAAAGGCUGGCACAUAAAUACAUGCAGAAGUGCAUGGUGGAGUCAAGCACAGAGUCAGAGUCUGAAUCCAGUGUGGAGGUCUCGCACAACGCGCUUGCUGAAGGACUCAGGAAGGCAAGAGACUCCAAGGGACUGCAAUUCUUAGAUCCUUAUGAUGGUGAUUCAGAAGACACAUCCAUUCACUCUGACUGUAGCUUGACUUCUCUAAACAGUACAGAAGCUGCAUCUUGGGUGAGCAGUGCCCCAAAAGCAAUGGCUUUGGAUGCUGAUCCUUCAGGGGAUGGAGAAUCCUUCCCUCAACCUCUGGACUGGCUCUGCUCAGAAACGAAAAUCAGUGAUGUUCACAGCCAGAGAGUAAACGAUGGUAAAUCACCCCUUGGACUUCCUAGCCAGGAGAAGGAUUUCCUGAGAAGCCAGUUGCAAUCCUCUGAGCUGACGAGAGACACAGAAGCAUUUCCUUCCACGUGGCUGAUGCCUGACCCUUCUUUAUUGGUGGGUGUUAAUCCUUCAGUCCCUGCCCAUCUCCUUGCAACUGCAGGUGACAGUUCGCCACAAACCAUGCUAGCAGAUGACCGUGAUGGUACCACUUCCAAACAAUCACUUGUUAAAAGAAAACAAGGGAUCACCAUUGCAGAGAGUGCUGGUGAAAAACUACGAAGAAAGAAAAUCCGUGCUAUCUAAUCUAAGGUAUGAAUAAGUAGUUGGACGAAGUGUUUAUUAUAAAAGUGAACCUGGUAGGUUCCUUUUGCAGACGGCACCUAAACAAGCUUCAAAUGAACUAGCUGAAGCCUGAUGCAAAGAGAGCUACACUGUGUGCUGCAGGCACUGAGAUCCAUCUGGAAAGGUGGAACCAACUAAACAAGCUUGUGUGGCAAUUUAAAUGAAAACUAGCUGAGCUAUGUCCAGACUCAGCUGAGAUCAAUGCCUGUGUGCUACUUCAGUGUCUGGGCACCAGAUUCCUGUGUGCUGUGUCUGGAGACAUUUGUUCAGCUUUGGGGUAAUUGCAAGUAAGUACAAGGGUAGGUUGAGGAGGGAAGGAAGAAUGACUGAACUGCGAUUGGUUUUAGAUAGCUAUUGCUCUUUGUCUCAUCUGCUGUAUGACAGGAGGGAAGUAGCUGAAUGGUGAAUGAGCCUCCAGGUUUGACUACAAACACUGAAUUGCACUGAGCUGAACUGUGUGUAACUAAAAACAAUCUAGUUAUUUUUUUCCUUUCAUCACAGAGAAGUUGACUUAUGCUGUUAAUGUACUUGUCCCUACCUGUUUGAACAUUGUUUCAGGUAUAUACUGUAUAUGUUCUCAGUAUGUCUGCCAGUUUAGAACUUAAAAUGCAAAUCUGAAUCCAUUAACUGGAAUUAAUCUUCCUUGGUGAGAACCAUGACUUAUGCUGCUGCAGAAGUGCUGUACACAGAUGGGAAGUCACUCAGCAAGAACUCUCUGAUCUCCAUCCUUGAUGAUAACCUGUAUUUUCUUUUCCCCCUAAAUGGACUAUAUCCACAGAAGUAUAAUUGUCUGAAAUAUGUUGGCACUAACUAGCUGUGAAAGCAUUCAUUCUGCAUGACUGGCACAGAAUAAUAUACAGAUUUUCUUAAAAAUACUAAUAAAGGUGGAAAACCACUCAAAAUACUAUUAAGCUUCUAGCUUGUACCAUUCCACUAAUCUCUGCAUAAUAACUUCACUGAAA